AUUUUGGAGGUGUUACCGAGAGGAUCAGAGCGAGCUCUUUACACACCAUGGAUUUCAACGCGGCCUGCGAAAAAGCCAAAGCCUUCAGCAAGCGCCCUACCGAUGAGGAAUUCUUGGAAUUUUACGGCCUCUUCAAACAAUCUACAAUUGGUGAUGUUAAUGUAGAAAGGCCCGGCGCUUUGGAUCUGAAAGGCAAAGCCAAGUGGGACGCAUGGAACAAACACAAGGGUCUGUCCAAGGAUGAGGCACAAAAGGCUUAUAUUGCUACCUACGAGAAAUAUGCACCCAAAUAUGCCUAAAUCGAACAAUA